GCUUUAAUCUGGGUAACUGAGGCUAAUGUGAGCAAGACUUUGGUUAAUUAACUGGGUUCUCAGAUGCCACAGACUCCGUGAGAAGUCACCAUUAUUUUCAAUGGUUGUGAUAGAAUUUCCCCCUAGUAGCCAUUAUUUUAAGAUUAUAUUGCAGAGUUGCUUUAUUUUGAGCUUUUCGUGUAUACACAAUCCCAAACUGGAAGAAAUUUUAAAAAAAGGAAUCCUGCUGUGAAAGGUAUAUAUUACUCUAGAUUUUUCUUACUGUAAAUAUUGUAAGAUUGUAAUACUGUCAAUAUUUUAUUAACCAACAAAUGUUAAUCUAUGUGAAAUCAGACUUAUUUUAAAUGUGCUUCUUAUUUACUGUGUGUGGUCCCUGUUGCUGACAGUAUUAAGUUAUAUUCUGAUGUAAGAUUAACUUUAUUAAAGAAUGUAAACAUUAAUGUUUCCUUAUGGGAAAACAAAUAAAGUAUAAAGAAGACAAUUCUUUUCAUUGAAAUAUACUGUGUAUUUACACUUGCUAGACCCAGCACCACUUAUAAAUUUAGUACACUGUUCAGAAUUUUAGUUAACACAGCUGACAUGGUUGUGCUCUGUUUGAAAGUCUAAGAAUAGGUAUUGUUGGAAUAUACAGUUUGUAUUUGUCUGCUGUGAAUCAUAAUCUUGAAAUUUCUAAUCAAGUUUGUAAAAUUUUUAUAGUGAAACAUUUUAAUGACAAUUUAAAAAUUUCUCUUCUCUAAAGAAUGAUCAAAACAAUAUCCUUUCAGAAAUAGAAUUGUUCUUUAAUAUCUUUCCAAAAUGACUUUGGUUAAAUGGACCAGAUGUAUAUUAGUUAAAAUUUAGGACUAAGUUGUUGAUAUUCUUUGAGUUUACAAGUUAAUCCUUAUUGGAGAUGUGCCAAUAUACAGUUAGAAUAUCAUUAAUUUGCACUGUUUGGGGACCCCAUUUAAGAAUGCUGAAUUUUGCCAACUAAGAAGUAAGCAAAUGCAAUUUAAAAAGUAAAUUUGAGCAUUCUGUAUUAAAUAUGUGCAGUUAUUAUCACAUGAAGAAACGCAGUGUGUCGGGCUGUAAUAUUACCAUAUUUGCUGUCAUGUUCUCCCAUCUAAGUGCUGGGAACUCACCAUGUGGAAACCAAGCAAACGUGUUGUGCAUCAGCCGGCUUGAGUUUGUUCAAUAUCAAAGCUGAAAACUAGCGAGGUCUGCUGUACUGCUUAUUGAAGUAUUGUGAUUAUUUUAGGCAUUGAUUCUUACAAAAUAUAUACUGUAACAGUAUACUUUGUACAGAUUUAAAUUUUAUUUGAAAAAAUGAAAUAAAGUAGGCAAAAAAUAAAGAUGUUUAUUUUUCAUGUGACUGU